CGGAAGUGGCGCCAGUCCUAGGAGGGAGCCGCAGGGUGGGUGGGGAACGCAGGAGGGAUUAGUUCGAGCGAGGGGAUUCCAGUGCCCAGUCCCGGGUCGGUCGGGGGCCGUCGUUACUGUCUGUGGCCUGCAAACUGUGCCGCGCGGGCCGACUUGAGUCGUCGUCCGAGCUCUCCUGUACCGGGACAGGUGCACCACGAGCUUCGCAGACUGCGGAUUCGAGGCAGCUUGAUGUUCCGGUGGUUGCUCGGAGGUUCGACUUGGGAGGAGGGUGAGCCAGGCGACCAAGCUGGGUUGGAGAGCCUCUGCGGAGGCUUGCGGCCAAAGCGAGUGACGCGACGGGGCGCUAGUCUCGGCCUGUUACUGGGUAUCAAGAAACGAUAAUGUUUCCUUGAAUUCGCUUAUGUAUUUGUCUCCUCAAUGUCACUCAUAUUGAAUAUCUUAAGAGAAAUGCUGGAAUAUUUUGGUGUUCCCAUAGACCAGGUUUUGCAGAUUAGAGAAAAUAAAGACUAUGGAUCAGCUCGGAGUAUUGUUCGUAUUAUUGGGAAAAUUCUUCCUCUAGAACCUUGUCCCAGGCCUAAUUUUGAGUUGAUCCCACUGUUGAACUCUGUAGACUCUGGUAACUGUGGAUCUGUAGUUCCAUCUUUUGCUGAUACUCUGUGUGUGGCAAAUGAUGAAGAAGCCAGUUAUCUCAGAUUUCGACAGAGUAAACGAAUGAAAAGUGAUGGGACUAUAGGUGAAGCUGCAUUUAAAAAGAUAACUGCCCUUGAAGAGGAGCUGACUUUUCUUCGCACCCAGAUCGCUGCCAUCGUGGGAAGGCAGGAACUGAAAGCCAGUAGGCAUGUGGGCUUCUUUGACUUGAAUGAUGAGCCUCGUGGUUUGGGACAAAGACCAUCACCAGGGACUACUGAACUGAGUGUCCAGCCAGAUCCAUUUUCAAGUUCAAUGCUUUUUCCUCCUCCUCCUCCUCCUCUUCCUCCUCCACUGCCCCCUCAGCAUUUUUCUCCACAGCCGACCUGUUCUCCUCUCACACAGUCAGGAUCUAAUAAUAUGUGUGACUCAGAUAAUUCCGCAAAUGAAAUGAAAAAACAGCACCCGGCUGACAGUAAGACCAAUUACAGUCAUUCAAAAAACCAGGAAAAUAAAGAUGUUCCAAACAUGUUGGAUGUACUAAAGGACAUGAAUAAGGUUAAACUUCGUGCUAUUGAACGGUCACCUGGAGGUAGACCCAUUCAGAAGAGGAAAAGACAAGAUUCACAUUGGGAUCCAGUGUCUUUAAUAUCCCAUGCACUUAAGCAGAAGUUUGCAUUCCAAGAAGAUGAUUCCUUUGAGAAAGAAAAUAGGUCUUGGGAAUCUUCUCCGUUUUCUAGUCCAGAAACGUCAAGAGUGAGCUAUAAUAACGUAAAGCUAGUGUUUUAAUUUUUCUUAAGUAUGUCAUUCAUGAUACAUCUUCGCCUUCAGGUUCUCUUGAAGUACUUGCACAGAAUGGGCCAUGUGGUUGUUGGCUGGUACCGUGUCUGUUUCUGUGGUUUCUGUUCCCUUUCACACAUUCCUUUUAGCUUUUUGGCUUACUAUGAAGUUUUUUUUUAAAAUAAAACACUUGAUUUGAAAAAUACUUGUGUAUGAGUCUGUCAAGGUUUCUCCUGACAGGUGCUAACUUGAUGUCGCUGUCUGCAGUUGGGCCAAGGUGUCUGAAACUUGAAGAGACCAGAGAAUGGUGACAGAUUGCCUCAGUGGAGUUACAUGGAUACUCCCAGUAUUUUUCUCAACUAUAAAGACUAGGUUAUUUAGUUAAAUAGAAUGUUAACAGUGCUUUUUAAAAAGUAGCUAGUAUCGUAAUUCUCUUCAGUGACAACAUUUCUUGGCUCCCGGCAUGGAUCGGAGCAGGAGAAAUGGCCCCACUCACGUCUCUGAGUUACUCGGUGUGCGUGUGCCAUCUCUGACAUUAAUCAUGUCAUCUCUGGAAAUUCUUAACUCUAAGAAGGCAAAAAAGUAUUGUGUACUUUAGAAUUAUUACAAUCAUAAAGCACAAAUGUUCCUAAAAAUUAAUGUUUAGCAUUUGUGUAGAAAUGUCUAACUUGGGAGUACUUUUUUGCUCACCUCAUUUGAUCCUCACAGCACCGUCCUAAAAAUAAAUAGAACUAAAACUAAGUAUUACCUGUCUCUCCCUGAGGAAAUAAUCCUCAGAGUGCCAAAGUAAUCUAAGUGUAACCCUUCAUCUAACUGGCACAGCAGAGACUGGAGCUUGGUUUAUUAACAUGUAGGGUGUCUGAAAACCUUCAGUCACAUAUGUGAGUCACUUGUGUGGGACACACUUCCAGUGACAGUGGGUGAUUGAGGGAUUGAUUACGGGGUUGUCUCACUGCUCACUCUUCAGCAUUUUAUUGCCAACCACCACCUCAGAGAAAGAAUCAUCUCUUUUUGUAUAUUUUAAGGCACCAAGCUUAGGGCAGGACACACGGGGACUCAAGCUGUAGUUGGGGGGGAACCCAGUCUCGCUCUGUGUCCUCGGCUAGGGGCACAGUGCCGGACUCACAGCCCAGUCCCAGAUCCCUGUCGAUUGUUGGUAGAAUUAAACCUCAAGCGGUCGUUUGGUUGUUAACAUUCUUCUAUGUGACAGUACUUUCUAGGUGAAACUUUUGCUUUUCUUCCGUUUGGGUGCCACAUCUCACAGUCAGGAGAGUGAACCAAAGGAAGAAUGGACCAACGCAGGCGUGAACAGUAUGAGCUGAGUGUACACCGGCAAGGAAAGAUUGCGGAAGUAAGCAGCCAGUCUUUCCCUCACGGGCGAAGAUCUCAUCUGUCAAUGAAGUUGAAUGAAAUGUGUGCACUGGGAUAUAGUCAAGCAAGGCACUGAAGAGGGUUGACUCUUAAGAACACCUGUCUCUGUUCUUGGAAGAUCCAGCAGUUAACUGGCCACUGGCAAUAGGUGUAUGGAUUUCUCUUUGCGUGUACAUUCGUGUUCUACACGAUACAUAAGGUCCUAAAAGCCAAGUAGUAAAUGACCUAAGGUGUCUCAUUGGAGAGCAGUAGGGUCUCACUAGAGGGUGACAGAAAUCAUGCUCAUGGGUUAAGAAACAAUAUAUUGUAGUACUCAGUCAAUGAUAACAUAUUUGGAUGUUUUAAAACAAAUUUUUUAAAAAAGAUUUUAUUUAUUUGACAGAGCACAAAUAGGCAGAGCAGCAGGCAGAAGGAGAGGGAGAAGCCGGAUCCCAACUGAGUCACCCAAGUGCUCCUUAAAAAUAAUUUCUUAAAACAAUCAUGACUUCCUAAUUUAAGAGCUUUUGAGUCUUUUUUAAAAUUUGUAGUGAUCUGGUUUACUUGGUCUGGAGGGACUUAGAGAUUUUCAAAGAAUACAAAGUAUUUUUUCAUUAGAAUUGUUAAAGUUUGGGGAUGCCUGGGUGGCUCAGUCAGUCAAGCAUCUGCCUUCGGCUCGGAUCAUGGUCCCAGGGUCCUGGAACUGAGUCUUGCACCGGGCUCCUUGCUCGGUGGGGAGCCUGCUUCUCCCUCUGCCUGCCACUCCUCCUGCUUGUGCUCACUCUCUGUAAGUAAAUAAAAGGUUAAAGUUUGCAUCAUACAGAUUGAGUCUUCUAAAAAUCCUUCCCAAGGUGAUCAAAAAUUAUUCUUAGAAAUUGAUUUUGAUUGUUGGAAGUAGAAAUACUUGAAGAAUCUUUUUGAUAAGUUUUGCCUACUUCUACACAAAUAUGAAUGGCUAUGGUUUUAUUUUCUUUUCUGUUUUUUCCAUUUAUACUCUGUACUUUUGUAAAUGUGUUUUUUGAACUUGGUUAUUUUUUGUAGCAAAUCAAAUUCAUGUUUUCUCCUUU